GGCAGACAGUACAUGCUCAGUCAGAGAGGGAUGAGAGCUGCUGUCUGGGUGGAGUUACCGGGAUGUUCUUCUCCCAGCAUCUUUGCUGCUUACCAGCCCUGAGACAAGCUCAUUAGAGCUGACUGAGCAGCCACUUUCUGUGUCACUCACACUUUCAGCACCAUAUCAUCAUUAGGGAGACGCCUGAGGGUGUUAGGUGACCUGUGUGGCUCCUGUGUCCCCAGUGACCACCUGCACAGUGAUACAUAAUCUCUCUUAUAUAUGAGCACAGGAGAGGGAUGGAAGUCAGCAGUGUGUAGUACCAGGUGCUUUGCCCUGACCAGGAGAGCAUGCCUUGGAUGUUGCUGAGGGGGUCUCUCCAGCUCACCAGGAAGGUAAAUGGAGGAUCCACAAAGUCAUCUAUUCCAGACUCGGAAAGGACACCGAAUAGAACAGAUGGUAGUGAGAUGGCUGCGCCGCUCCCGAGAUAACUCAUCCCGUGGAAGGCUCUCUACCGGGGAGAGUCCUUCUGUUGGUUCCAAUCAAUAUGGGUGUUCCUUGAAGAUCACAUUAGAGAUAAAGAAGGACCCGCACCUACACAGCUAUGGCUUUGACAUAUCUCGUAACCUCCCCCUUACUGUCACAGCUGUUACUGCAGGCGGUCCAGCUGAAGGGAAGCUUUUACCAUAUGAUCAAAUCUUUGCGAUAAACAAUGAAAAUGUGGAAAACAUCCAUGUUCAGAAGGCAGCAGACAUGAUCAGGGAUUCAGGGGACACUGUAACUGUAACAAUACUUCGAAGUACUUCGAGUCCCAAGUCAUCUUUCCUUACAGCAGAGAAGAGGGCCAAAUUAAAAAGUAACCCAGUGAAAGUAAGAUUUGCAGAAGAAGUGAUCGUCAAUGGCCACACUCAGGGAAACUCGCUUCUCUUUAUGCCCAAUGUCCUUAAAGUCUACCUGGAAAACGGUCAGACAAAAGCAUUUAAGUUUGAGAAGAAAACAACUGUGAAGGACAUCGUCAUGACUCUAAAGGAGAAGCUUUCAAUCAAUAUAAUUGAGCACUUUGCACUAGCUCUGGAAGAGCAAUACAACAUCUCAAAACUUUACCUCCUUCAUGAAGAUGAACUUAUUGAACAGGUGGUGCAGAAGAGAGAGUCCCAUGACUACAGAUGUCUCUUCAGAGUCUGUUUCGUACCGAGGGAUCCACUUGAUCUCCUGCAGGAGGACCCAGUUGCCUUUGAAUAUCUCUAUUUACAGAGCUGCAGCGACGUGCUCCAGGAGAGAUUUGCAGUGGAGAUGAAGUGCAGUGUUGCAUUACGUUUGGCUGCCUUGCACAUACAGGAACGCAUACAUACUUGUGGUCAGCCGCAGAAGAUAUCAUUCAAGUACAUUGAGAAAGAUUGGGGAAUAGACAAUUUUCUGUCUCCGACUUUACUGCGGAACAUGAGAGGAAAAGACAUAAAGAAGGCCAUUAGCUUUCAUAUGAAGAGAAACCAAUGUAUUCUCGAGCCAAGACAAAAGCAGCCUGCAACGGCAGCUCAGGUUCGGCUACAUUAUUUAAAGAUUCUGGGAGACCUGAAAACGUAUGGAGGGAAAAUAUUUAAUGCCACACUAAUGCUGCAGGACAGAGAGUCAUAUGUUACUCUUCUUGUUGGAGCCAAGUAUGGUAUCAGCCAGAUUAUCAACAACAAACUGAACAUCAUGAUAACACUAGCAGAAUUCACCAAUAUCAGCAGAAUCGAGCUGACCCCAGAGUCUGAGAAAGUGAGCUUGGUGAAGGUCUACCUGCAGGACGUCAAGCCACUAUCUCUGCUAUUGGAGUCAAGUAGUGCGAAGGACAUUGCGUGUCUCAUUUCUGGCUAUUGCAAGUUGUUUGUGAGUUCUGAUGCACCCAUAUUUGAGUGGCCGGGGAAUAACCUUUAUCAUCGGAUAUCUGCAGAAGAAGGAUAUGAAUCCAGAGCUUGCAGUGAUUCAGAAGAGUCUUCAGAAGUUGAUUCUUCCCUAGACCUCUCAUCAGAUAUACAGUUUCUAAAGUACCACUGCUUGAAACCUUUGCAUGAUGAAGAGGAGGAGGAAGAAGAAGAAGAAGAUGACAAGGAUAGAGAAAACAUGUGCCCAUUGAAAGAAAAGGAAGACAAGAAAGAAACUGAUGUUCAAGAGAGAGGUCACUGUGAUGGUGUAUGCAAUGACAGAGACAGCAUUUCUGAAGCCUCUGACUCAGCUAACACAGAAAGCCAGGGUUACAAAAUCAGCUGGUCCAGUGACUCCAUUGAUGCUCUGGAAGAAGAUGACCUAGAAGCAUGUUCUUCUAGUAGGCCAGAGUUCUUUCAGUUUUAUAAUCCAAUUUUGAAAGAUGUGUCUACAGAAGACCAGUGUGUUUUCACUGAUAAUACAGAAAUGAAAUGCAAGGGAGAUGGAUGCCAUGAAUCAGACCCAUUACUGUGUUUUUUGCAGCUGACUAACAGAAGAGAAGAUCCUGACACAGAUGACAAGGAGCAUGCUAGAUCUCCGAGAGAGGUUGAGAACAGAGAAAACAAUGACCUGCAUGGCUUCUUUGGAUGUCAGCUUGCAGAAAGCAAUAUGAUGGAAUACUACAGUCUGUGCUCAAAUGUCUCCCCUGCCAGCAGUGUAGACAGGAACAUCCCUAGUAGCCCAGAGAGCAACUGUGUCAAAGAUCUUAUAGCACAAGUUAAGCUAAAGAAGAAAGGUUGUAGCCGAGGAAGGAAUGAUGAAGUGGAGAGUCUGAUCCUUGAUCCCCCACCUGGUUUUGGUGACAGUAGUUCUGAAGAAGAGUUUUUUGAUGCUACGGACAGAUUCACACCCACACUAAGCUUUCCAGGACUAAGAUCAGAGAAAACAUUUGCUUACCCAAACAGUGCAGCAUUAGAUGGGCCACAUGUUCAAUCAGUGGAAAAUUGCAUCGAAAAAUGCAAAAUGGAAAACUAUUUGAAAAGGCCAGCAAAAAUGUUAAGGAAAAGAAGAUCCUUCCUGCAGACAGAUUACACUUCUCAGGUCACAUUUCCCUUGUUGCCAUCAAACUCUCUAGAGACUACUGACCAUGUGUGUUGCUUUGAGAAGCAGUCCCACUUGCUUGUAGAGCCACAUUCUCCUACAGUUUCCUCCUUAAAAGACAUUGAGGGUGAACCAGCUCUACUAGAAACUAAACAACUCGUCCAAGCCCAUUCCAUAGGGAAAUCUAAAAACAAAACCCAUUCUCCAAGCCUAAUGGAGAUGGAGCCUGAUACCAUGGAGACUAAAUCAGUGUCUGAUUCAGUAUUGUCUUCCAUAUCAGCUAUUCGUUUCAGGAGUGACUCAGGAUUGAUAGAGCAAACUCAGAAUAGCAACUAUUAUGUACUUGGAAGUUCCAAUGUGGAUAACACUCUUGAUUGGAAUAUAAUAGAACAAAAUGGCAGAGCUAGUCCAUCUGAAAUAUCACUGCAACUGGACGACACUAUUAUGAAUGGAGUAUCUAACUUCUGCCAGAUACCAGUUUAUGAGGAUAAUGAAAGUUGUAUGAAGGAUGAGGACAUAGAAAACAACUCUGCGCAAUACAUUAAGGCCACACUAAAAAACAUAUUUGAACAUGAAGAUGAGAAUGACAUUUCUGAGGACUACAUUGGUUCAGUUUCCUCCAUUGAUCCCACUGUCAGAAUGUUACUGUACAUUUCUCAGUCAGAUGUCCCAGUGCCACCCAUGCACAAUAUAGAAAAAGCUGACCCUACAGAGUCUGAAGAAGAUACUAUACAUGAAGAAGCAAUUUGUAAUCAAGAUUCUCCACAAUCAUCCAAGACACGAAAGCUGUUUAGUUUCUCAAACGCUACUGAUUUACUUUUUGAUUUCAAGGGUCUUUUCACCAGCUGCUCUGUUAAUGCGUUUAAAGAUGGAACUGCUACAGUACCAAGAAUGCCUCCUUGUGAGGAGGAAGUACAUCUCUUAAUAAACCAAGAGCCAGACCAGUUUGCAUCAUUUGAUUCACCUGACAUGCUGAGACAUUCCAUUGGUAGGAAAGAACUUCUGGCGCCACCAAGUUCCUCUGAAACACUAUUAGAUACUUACAAACUAUAUUAUGAUGAAAAUAAAGAGGAAAUGGAUCCUAAGCUAAGCUCAAAUGAAGGUUAUAACAGGUAUCCAGAAUACAAAGAUAAAUACUUUACAGAAGCACAUUCAGUCGGGCCAAGAUUAACUGACACAACACAUAAAGAUUUCAUGAGCAUUGAAGCAUCAAGUAUAGAAAAUGGAUAUCAGAAUCCUUAUGAUUCAGAACAGAAAAGCCCUAUUAUACCCAAAAUUGGAAACUGCAGCUGCCAGUUAUCUUACACUAGUUGUUUUCGACUUGUGGACAAUGAUAUAGAAGAUGAAAUUAUUGAUUUUAGUGGGACUGUGUCACCAUUACCUAGAACAAUUCCACCUGUAUCAGGAAGCCCGUUGUUUCUGGAAAAUAAUCACGAUCUCACAAACAUCACUAAAAGCAACAUGUCCUCCUCAGAACACUGUGAAGCUCUUGAUCUCUUAAGAAGCAGAAGACACGAGGCCCCAACUGGCUUUGGCAAAUUGCAAGAUAGUGUACUGGAUCUGCAAAAAAUACUAGAGGAAUUUAAAAACAAACAUAAAAUACAUCCUGAGGACAGAUGUUCUUCCCUGUUUGCCGAGCAAAAGUCCUGCCUUUGUAGUGUUUCUCGUAAGAUUAUGACUUCAUCACAGAAAGUGCUUAUAUCAGAGCAGUCAUCAGAGGAGAUGUAUCAGGCAGUGAUGGAAACAUUCAUCGAUCUUCUGCACAUGACUGAAGUAUGUCUUCAAUUUUCCGGUUGCGCGCGGUGCAAUAAACGCCAAAUGGAUGUCCAAACAAAUCUACGUGAUCUGGUAUGCACCUAUCAUCAGUUUGUUCAAGCCGCCAAGAGGGCUUCAGAGAUAGAGAAUCGUGAUUUGCAUUUUAAACUCCUGUCUCGCCAGUGCACUGCGCUCACUGCUGCUGUUUUCUGCCUGACUCAGCAGUUCAGGAAAUUGAUAUCUUUGUGAAAGACACAUAUGAGAAGCGGAUAAACAUAUUUGCUUCUUUACAGUAUUUGUGAAAGAGCUUUCAGAGAUCCCAAAAAAUCACCAAAGUUUUGCACAGUUUGCUAUGAGAAAUCAAUGUGUUAUAGUAAUGGCAAGCAGGGUGGUGGGGGCAGCACUGUCAAUGCUUCACGGCACCUGAAUGUACCUUGCAGGGAGGCUGGAACAGCACCCUGUAGCAGGUAGUGCUACCUCAGAGCCGCCCGGAGUGUCCAAGGGUAGUACCCAAGCAGUGCUCUACUUGCCAGAGCCGGUGGCCCUACUCCCUAGGUGUGACAUCAUGAUGUCACAAGUUUAAGGAGUGGCACAGGUCACACUGUCUCCCUGUUACGGCUCUGAGGAUGUGGUUAAAAAAAGUAUGUUUGGAUAUGUCGUUCUUGAGUCUUGCUGCAUCCAUUUUGUCUGAGAUUAUCAUACAGUAGUCUGAUUUGAUGAGACCAAACGAAUGUUUUACACUAUUGUCACAUCUGACAUGUAUUUAUUCUUAUUUACAACACAUUAUUCCACAAUUAGCUGAGCACAAUAUCAGUAUUGCCUUACUUUUGCCGUCAAGAAGUAGAUAGAAAUUGUUAAAAUAUUUAUUUUCCUUGACUACAUUGUAUAGUCUUUUAAACCCUUUACCCUAAAAUCUAUUAUAUGGCAUUAUUCUGGAUAUUAUUAUCCAAUACAUCGAAUGUUUACACACAUGCUUUACUCUAUAUAACGUUGAAAAAGUAUUUAUGUCAAUGUUUAUAUGUACAGAAUGCACCAAAGAACUCUGAAAUUAUACAGAUCAAACUAUAGUAUAUAAAGUUGUCUAAAUUUUGACAGUGAACAAACUUAAUUAUAUUUUUUUUGUUCAAAAGCUAAAUAAGUUUAUUUUGCUAUUACGAAUUCUAAU